GGCCUUUCCUUCCGAAAUUUACUGCUUUGAAAAAGGUUUGCUUCGUUUACCGUGCGCUUGCUAAGGCCUUAUGUUAUCUUGGGGAAGACCCUUUUAUCUUUACAAACGGUGUUAGAGGAGAUCGCGCGCGAUUAUGGUAGGAUGUUUGCAUCGAACUAUCGGCGCACCGAAGAAGAGGAGCGCGAAUAUAAGCGACGGCGAGCCGAAGCAGCCCGACGACGUCGGCAGAACCUGAGCGAGGAACAGAAAGCCUCCGAGAGGGAACGCAACGCUGCCGCGGCCCGCCAAAGGCGGCUGCACCAAACGGAAGAGCAGCGAGCGGCGGAACGCGAACGUCACCGUGCGCGUCGAGCCAACCCCCAAGUACGGGCCGCCGAACGGGAACGCGACGCCGAGGCGAGGCGAAGACGUCGGGCGAACCCGCACUUGCGGGCCGCCGAACGCGCACGUCGGCGGGAACGUCGACUGGCGGAGGGCGUUAGACCGUCGUCUAGGCGACAACGUCGGGCUAAAGCUCGCAGGGAUCGGCGACAGACAUCGGAGAGGAGACGAGCGUCGGCUUCGCCGUCACCGACGCCCGCGUCGGCGGUGUGGUCGCGAGGUGCCGGCAGCGAAGACGACUUCGCGCUGCUGCUCGACGACUUGGGGCAGCUGUGCAGCGCGUGCGACCGUCUCUGCUUCCGCCACGACGUCUCCGAGGUGUCGCCGCGACACGUCGCAACGCUGGCCCGCGAGUUUCCCGAAAAACAGAACGUCGAGGAGUUCGCGCUGUGCCAGGCGUGUCGGGACUCCCUGGAAGCCGGGAGUGUUGCCCUGGUGGCCCGACGUUGCGGAUACGUGUACCCACCGAUGCCGGAGUGGUUGACGAUAAUCAGUUCGGACGAAGAGGAGCAGCCCGUUGGCUGUGUCGUGCAUGGCCCCCCACCUGUCCUGACGGCCAGGAGCACACAGACAGACGUGGUCACGCCGCUCAGCAGAAGAGUGGACAUUGCGAUCGGGUCCUCGUGGAUUGACGACAGAGGCGUGUCGAGGUCGACGCAGACUUCUUCAUCCAUCGCUGCGAAGGUGCACAGCUGGACAGCGACGGAAAUGGACGACCUUCCGAAACAGAGAUGUUCACUUAGAAGGAGAACAAGGUUCAAUACAAGUGCAGUGUUCAGUCGAAAGUGAUCCUGGAGAAACCGACAACGAUGCCCGCGAAACGACAAAGCCAACACUGUCAGUGGCAGCGGUGGAGGUGACGCAAGAACCUGUUCAUCUUGCCGUGGUGCAGAGAAGAGAGUACUACAUGGUGAUAGGUGAAGUUCAGUGCCUUCGCCUCUUGGCGUACCGACGUCCUCUUGGAUGAAGCGUCGCUUCCGUCAUCUGUAAACUGAAACGUGGUGCAAGGCUCCGCAGCCGCUCACUAGCUGCAGGCAGCUUGCGCAUUCUGGUUGUUUUAGGCAGCUUCGUGCCGAGGAGACUGUCUCUACAAGGUCAGUUGUGAUGUUCUGUGAGCCACGUGCCUUGGCCUCUCGUGCUCAGACAUAGUCGUGGACCAAUCCACAUCGUUUGUACAGAUCUGUGAACUGGAGUGCAACAGACCCCUUUUGCAAACAGCCACUGGCUGCUGGCAGUUGGUGGUGGUUCGAACAGUGGCCCUACAGAGCUGACAAGUGCCUUCUUGGACGGCAGAGUGCCUUAUUUUAUGAGCGUGCACUAAUUGGGAUUGAAGCAGCUUACCACAUUUCUUGCCGCACCGUCUGAUAAAAAUGUUUCUGAAGUCCAACAAGCGUAUUUGCUUUUUGCCAGAAAUCCCAAGGUCUUCGUGUGCAUCAACG